UUGGCCCGAAGGUCCGAGGGGACGCGCGCGAGAGCCGGCGAUGGGCCCCGCGGCGGGGCUGGUGGCUUUGCUGGCGGUGCUGGCGCUCCGAGCAGGGGACCCGGCAGGGGCCGCGGCGCGGGGGGACACGUUCUCGGCGCUGACCAGCGUGGCUCGCGCCCUGGCACCCGAGCGCCGGCUGCUGGGGCUGCUGCGGCGCUACCUGCGCGGGGAGGAGGCGCGGCUGCGCGACCUGACCAGAUUCUAUGACAAGGUGCUUUCUUUGCAUGAGGAUUCGGCAACCCCUGUGUCUAACCCUCUGCUUGCAUUUACUCUCAUCAAACGCCUACAGUCUGACUGGAGGAAUGUGGUACAUAGUCUGGAGGCCAGUGAGAACAUCCGAGCUCUGAAAGAUGGUUAUGAGAAGGUGGAGCAGGACCUCCCAGCCUUUGAGGACGUGGAGGGAGCAGCAAGGGCCCUGAUGCGGCUACAGGAUGUGUACAUGCUUAACGUGAAGGGCCUGGCCCGGGGCGUCUUCCAAAGAAUUGCUGGCUCCGCUGUCACUGACCUGUACAGCCCCAGGAGGCUCUUCUCCCUCACGGCAGAUGACUGCUUCCAAGUUGGCAAGGUGGCGUAUGACAUGGGGGAUUACUACCAUGCCAUUCCAUGGCUGGAGGAGGCUGUUAGUCUCUUCCGAGGAUCUUAUGGAGAAUGGAAGACAGAGGAUGAGGCAAGUCUAGAGGAUGCCUUGGAUCACUUGGCCUUUGCCUAUUUCCAGGCUGGCAAUGUUUCGUGUGCCCUCAGCCUUUCCCGAGAGUUUCUUCUCUACAGCCCAGAUAAUAAGAGGGUGGCCAGAAAUGUGUUGAAAUAUGAAAGACUUUUGGCAGAGAGCCCCAACCAGGUGGCAGCUGAGGCUGUCAUCCAGAGGCCCAAUGUUCCCCACCUGCAGACCAGAGACACCUACGAGGGGUUAUGUCAGACCCUGGGAUCCCAGCCUAUUCACUACCAGAUCCCUAGCCUUUACUGCUCCUAUGAGACAAACUCAAGCCCCUACCUGCUGCUCCAGCCCAUCCGGAAGGAGGUCAUCCACUUGGAACCCUAUGUUGUUCUCUACCAUGACUUUGUCAGUGACGUGGAGGCUCAGAAGAUUAGAGGGCUUGCAGAACCGUGGCUACAGAGAUCUGUGGUGGCAUCAGGGGAAAAGCAGUUGCCAGUGGAGUACCGCAUCAGCAAAAGUGCCUGGCUGAAGGACACCGUUGACCCCCUGCUGGUGACCCUUGACCAUCGCAUUGGUGCCCUCACAGGACUUGAUGUCCAGCCUCCCUAUGCAGAGUAUCUCCAGGUGGUGAAUUAUGGAAUUGGCGGUCACUAUGAACCUCACUUUGACCAUGCUACGUCACCAACCAGCCCCCUGUACAGAAUGAAGUCUGGGAACCGAGUUGCAACAUUUAUGAUCUAUCUGAGCUCUGUGGAAGCUGGAGGAGCCACUGCCUUCAUCUAUGCCAACUUUAGCGUGCCUGUGGUCAAGCACUGUUUUGGUGGAAUCUGCAUAGGAGUGGUGAAGGGGAUGGUGACACACUUCAUGCUGGUUGUCCUGUCCUGGUGGGAGAUAAGUGGGUGGCCAACAAGUGGAUACAUGAGUAUGGACAGGAAUUCCGCAGACCCUGCAGCUCAAGCCCUAAAGACUAAAAUGUUGGCAGAGAGAAGCUGGUGGAGUCCUGGGACUUUCCAGAAAAGCCGGAAGCCAAAGGCAAGCCUAGGAAAGGAGAAAGGGGAAAUAUUUUCUGGAGGAAGACCUUGUCAGCAUUGCUUGUUUCUUACAAAAGGAGUGGUCUGUACCAGGGAAUAUCUGAGAAUUCUUCUCAAACCAUCAGUCAGAGUAGAUGGGCAAUACAAAGAAGGGGUUGAGGCCAGAGGGAGAAGUUUUGGGGGCUCAGACACUCUAUGAUGGAAACGGAAUAUAGCAACAGUCCCUGGGGUUUGAUCAAUGGAGUUUUUGCCACUUUGAGCCUUGACCACAGCAGCCCAGAAGUGGCAAUGAGGACACCUGCAGGAGGGGGCUAGCCUAACUCCCAUGGCUUUCUGCCCUUCUCCCCACUGAAUUCUCUUGAAGACUAAGCCGGGACUUUCUCUGUAGGAGUGUACCUCAUAGGAUUUUUUUUCAAGCAGAAUGAAACUUUCUUUUUUUAUAUGAUGAUUUUUAAAUACAGCCAUUAAAAACAUUUACAAAUCAUUUUUCACAACCAAGAAUAUUCUUAGAUGAUAACAUUGAGUAAUAUAUAUAUUAUAUAUAUAUAUAUAUAUAUAUAUAUAUAUAUAUAUAUAUAUAUAUGAAAAUGUAUUUUUUUAAAUUUAUGCUAUAAUUUCAACUUGGCUCACCUUUCACCAUUCCCCUCUCAUUAUAUUCCAGACACAUGACAUUCUUUCUGUUCCUACAGCCACUGUGCUCAUCACCAUCAGCAUCAUUCCCACCUUUCAGGUCUUUGCAUUUGCUGCUCCCUUAUAUUCCCCCCAUGCCCAAGCUCUUCUCAUUAUCCCACUCUGGGCUCAAUGUCGCUUCAGACCUCUCUUCCCUGAUCAUCCGACCCGCCAGCCAUUUUCUUUAAUGUUACCUGAUUUUAUUUUCUUCAUUACACAUUUCUCAAGUUGAAAUUACUCUAGUCAUUUGUGGACAGUUGUCCUCCCUGCAGGGUGAGUGCUUUAAGGACCCACUAUACUUUGUCCAUGCUUCUAUAAUAGCCCCAUUGCACUGAAUUUCAUUAUUUGUUUCUUUGCCUGGCUGCCUGCACUAGAUUCUGUACUCCUUCUUCCUCUUGGUAUCCCCAGAAGGAGGUCUGGUUCAAAUAAGUAGGCAUUCAGCAAAUAUUUUUGGAUAAAUGAAUAAAAAGGCAUCUUUUGAGCUACACUUUGGAGGACUGGUAGAAUUUUUAUAGGUAGAGUCUAAUGAGAAGAAGCAUUUCCCGGCAGGACUCGCAUGAGCUAAGGCUGUAUUGAUAAGUGACUGUAAUGUUUGAGCACUUGUGCACAUGAGCACACUCCAGGCAACUUGGCUCAGAUUCCCCAACAGGGGCGGAGUAUGUGUCUCGCUCACAAAGAAGGCACACAGUUAAAGGACUGGGUGGUUGGAUGCUGUGUUGCCUCUGCCCUGUCCCUGCACCAUGCAUUUCAGCAUUUCUGCCUCCCAGAGCUUGUGGCCCCUAAGGAAAGGGUUCUGAUGUGCCGAUAUCCAGCUUCCUCCAGGGCCUCAAUGAGCACCUGGUCACAUCUUCAGUAUUUCUGCUGAGUGUGUCAAGAUUCUGGAAAUCCUCUCACUAAAUGAUUCAAUUUUGUCAUGCAGGAGAGGGAAUUUUACCUCUACCCUUCUGUAUUCUUAGCUGAAACCUCUGUAAUAAAAGAUUAACA